AUGUUCACAUUCCCCAACGCAUCUAUCUGCAAAGUCCGCAUUGGAAGGAUAGAUCCACAGGCUCCUGAAGGAAAACAGUUCACCAUCAAUGGAAGUGCUGGAAUCACAAGUUUAACCAGCCUAUUGCCAAAUUACUACCAUCAAGUCCUUGUUUCUGAGUUUGCAGCAAAGGAGAUCGACAAGAAUAGCCACAUCUUGCCCAAUAAGACACUGGGUUACCUCUACUCUCUUAAUAUGAACAAUGAAUUUGGGAACUGUUAUGGGACUAUGGAUGCCCUUUUCUUUCUUCAGGGGAGCCCUGUUAACUACAACUGUGGAAAGAGAAAGAAGCUCAUGGCCAUCAUUGGAGGACUCACUCCUCAUAAUUCCAAGCAGAUGCCCAUGAUCUUAAAUAUCUACAAGAUGCCACAGCUCAGUCAUGGCUCCUUUGACCCUGCUUUGAGUGAUAAAAUUCAGUUCCCUUCUCUGUAUCUGAUGAUCGCAAAUGAAAGUCCUCAGUAUGCUGGGAUAGUUCAGCUGUUUCAGCAUUUUGGAUGGACCUGGAUUGGCCUUUUUGUUUUAGAUGACGACAGUGGAGAAAUGGUAUUGAGGAUUCUCAUUCCUUUACUGCUCGAGAACAAUAUUUGUAUUGCUUUUAAGGAAAUUAUUCCAACACCAAAGGAGGUCAAUGGUGACACAAUGCAAGUUGAUAAGAAAUUGGAUAGAAUAAUUUCUGUUCUCUCAUCAACCAAAAUAAAUGUUUUUCUUGUUCAUGGGGAUUCACGGUCUGUGGACACCUUGCGACUGAUUCUGGCACUAUAUGAAAACUUUGAAAUGAGACCAAUAGAGAGGGUUUGGAUUACAACAGCUCACUUGGAUAUUGUAUCUGCUGUACAUAAUGCUUUAUUCCCAACAAAAUCCCUAAAUGGCACCUUGUCCUUCACAUUCCACAGCAAUGAUUUAGCAGAAUACAAAGAAUAUCUUGAGGCUUUAAAUCCUAAACAAUUUGAUCUUUAUUAUUUCCAUUGGUUUUGGUCCACUGCAUUUUGGUGCAAAGCCCCCAAAUUUGAAUAUUAUUUACCAGGUGGAGAAAACUGCACUGGAGAUGAGAAGUUGCGGAGCCUCCCCGGAAGUGUGUUUGAAAUGGGGAUGUCUGGUCAGAGCUACAGUAUCUACAAUGCUGUUUAUGCUGUAGCACAUGCUCUGCAUGCCAUGAUUUCAUCAACAUCUAAACAGAAAAGAAAGGGAGAUGGAGCCUCAUGGAACCUUUCUAAUAUUUAUCCUUGGCAGCUUCACUACUUUCUGAAACACAUCCACUUCAACAAUACUGCUGGGGAAGAAAUAUUUUUUGAUCAAAAUGGAGAGCUGGCAACUAGAUAUGAUAUCAUCAACAUUGUCACAUUCCCCAAUGCAUCCAUUCGUAAAGUCAGCAUUGGAAGGAUGGACCCACAGGCUCCUGAAGGAAAACAAUUCACAAUCAAUGGAAGUGCUAUUGUGUGGAAUCACAAGUUUAACCAGCUUCACUCCUUCCUAAAGCACGUCCGCUUCAACAAUAGUGCUGGGGAAGAAUUUUUUUUUGAUGAAAAUGGAGAGUUGACAACUGGAUAUGAUAUCAUCAACACGGUCACAUUCCCUAAUUUGUCCUUCCACAGAGUCCGUGUUGGAUGGAUGGACCUCCGGAAUCCUAAAGGAAAACAGUUUACAAUCAAUGGAAGUGCUAUUGUGUGGAAUCACAAAUUCAACCAGGUGGGAAUUACUCUUAUUUCCCAUAAUUAUGGGCUUAAGGAUCGACCCAAGACCAAACCUGGGAAGGUGACCUGCCUUCUCUGUCAAGCAGUGUUUGGAAUCAUCUUCUCCCUUGCUGUUUCUUGUGUAUUGGCUAAAACCAUCACUGUGGUUCUGGCCUUCAUGGCCACCAAGCCAGGAAACAGGAUGAGGAAAUGGGUAGGGAAGAGGCUGGCAGUGUCAGUCAUCAUCCUCUCUACUCUUAGUCAAACUGGCAUCUGUGUAGUGUGGCUGGCAACAUCUCCACCCUUCCCAGAGUUUGACAUGCACUCCCAGACUGACCAGAUCAUUGUGCAAUGCAAUGAAGGAUCUGAUAUCUUGAUCUACAUUGUCCUGGGUUAUAUGGGGCUUCUGGCCAUCAUCAGUUUCACUGUGGCUUUCUUUGCCAGGAAGUUGCCUGAUACUUUCAAUGAAGCCAAACUCAUCACCUUCAGCAUGUUGGUGUUCUGCAGUGUUUGGUUGUCCUUUGUUACCUCUUACCUGAGCAUGAAAGGGAAAUACAUGGUGGCCAUGGAGAUCUUCUCCAUCUUGGCCUCUAGUGCUGGAUUGCUGGGUUGUAUCUUCUUCCCCAAAUUCUUCAUUAUUGUUCUGAGGCCUGAGCUGAAUACCAGGGAUCAGCUAGUAAGGAAAAAGAAUUGUGGUGUUUGA